CUUUAUUUUAGAUAUACUUUUUACUGUACCAUUAUUCAACUUUCCUUUAUCUAACAAUAAUAAAACCGUCAUGUCAUAUGUACGAUAUCAACCUCCUAUUCAAAGAACACCUCAUGAUAAUGUUGUUCAACCAACAAAUGAACAUGGACUUGGAAGAAAACCAACGACUUUAGGACGAGCACCAACACGACGAAUGGUUCCUGGAGCCAAUAGUAUUGCUAAUGCUAGUCAAAAUAUUCAACGAGGACGUACAUUAAUUCGUCCAGAUAGAUAUCAAGAGCCUGCUCCUCUCUUGACAGGAAAAUCCACUAAUAAUCAAGGAUGGUUUGAUCCAUGGGUACUUUUAUCUCGUAUUGUUACAAUCUGGGCACUUCCUCCUCUUUUACAAGCAUUUGGCAAGACUGAUAAAGGAAUGCAACAAGCUUGGCGUGAAAAGAUGACUUUGUGUUUUUUGAUUGCAUGUCUGGGUGCUUUUGUUGCCUUCAUCACUAUUGGUCUUAGCUCAGUAAUGUGUCCUCCUGAUCAAUCAAAUAAUCAACAAAAUUAUGCAUCUUAUAACGAUACAAUUCAAACUUCCCUUCUUGGUAUCGCUGGUUGGCAAUUCAAUAUCUCUUUGGCAAAAACUCAAGAUAAUGUUGAUUUUCACCAAUUAAGUAAAGUGCCUGGUACCGAUCUAACAAACUAUUUUCAACAUGGCAAGAACGUUCCGGAAUGUCAAGAUGCUCUUCAUUUCAAGGCCGUGACUUUUGAUCCUUGUGAUAGUAAUAAUGGUUAUGAAGGUUGUCCUCUUGGUACUCUUUCUCCUGCUACUUUUUCUCAACUUCAAAUCAUUAAUUCGACUCGUUUAGUGGGGUUUGACUGGGAACAAUUGGCAUCUCCUAGUUUGAAAAAUUAUUUUGUAGUGGAUGGCAACGUACUCAACAUGGAUCCAUAUAUCAACGCCAAUCCGAAACCUAUCCUUACUGAUGAACUGGAUAUUUUGAUUAGAUAUAUCUUACACCAACCUUUUGCUGAAGGUGGACGUGAUGCAACCAAAUAUCUCUUUCGUCGACCUGAACUACAGUCUGGUAUCAAUUGUCUAGUACAAAAAUACCGUGCUGGUCAUAUUGAUAAAUCGACACCUGGAUGUUUUGUGGCUUCUGUGAUUUUAUACUGUUCUUUAGGUGUGGUGCUUUCUAUUGUUUUGGCAAGAUUUUUUAUGGCUCUCAUUUUCUCAUGGUUUAUAUCUCGAAAAUUAUCAAGAACUCCUCCAGAAGCCACAAGAUCUGCUCCACCAGUCUCCUAUCCUCCUCAACUCAAUACUAUGGAAAUGGCUGAUAUCAAACAACCUCCCUCUUCUCCUUCUAUUAGUGGAGUUCAAAUUGGAAAUGAUCUUUACACUAUCAUGCUUAUCACUUGUUAUUCCGAAAAUACUGAAGGUAUACGAGCCACUGUAGAAUCUUUAUCUCGAACUUCUUAUCCUGAUGAUCGCAAGUUAUUAUUCCUCAUUGCUGAUGGUAUCAUCACUGGUAGUGGCGAAACAAUGUCUACUCCUGAUAUGUGUCUUUCUUUGGUGUCAUUUGAUCCAAAUCGUCCUGAUCUUCAACAACCUGAACCUCAAUCUUAUAUUGCUGUUGCCAAUGGAGCUAAAAUGUAUAACUGUGCCAAAGUUUAUGCAGGUCAUUAUCUUUGCAAAGGUCAUAAGGUACCGAUGAUUCUCAUAGUGAAAUGUGGAAGUCCAGACGAACAAGACAAACCGAAACCUGGUAACCGUGGCAAGCGUGAUUCUCAAUUGAUCUUGAUGAACUUCUUUAGUCGGGUGACAUACAAUGAUAGGAUGACUCCUUUAGAUUAUGAUUUAUUUCAAAAGAUUACAUAUUUGAUGGGUGUAACUCCAGAUGUGUUUGAAUUGGUAUUAAUGGUGGAUGCUGAUACAAAAGUAUACUCUACUUCAUUACGACUUUUGGUGAAUUGUAUGGUGAACGAUAACCUGAUUAUGGGUCUCUGUGGGGAAACCAAGAUAGCCAACAAGCGUGAUUCAUGGGUGACAGCCAUUCAAGUAUAUGAAUAUUUUAUCUCUCAUCAUCUUUCAAAAGGAUUUGAAUCGGUUUUUGGUGGUGUCACUUGUCUACCUGGUUGUUUUUCUAUGUAUCGACUCAAGGCUCGCAAAGGUGAUGGAGAUUGGGUACCUAUUAUUACCAAACCGGAAAUUGUUCAAGAAUACUCUCAAAAUACAGUGGAUACCUUACAUCAAAAGAAUUUACUCCUUCUUGGUGAAGAUCGAUUUCUUACUACUCUUAUGUUACGGAAUUUUCCUUAUCGCAAAAUGGUGUUUACUCCUCAAGCUAUAUGCAAAACAAUUGUGCCAGACGAAUUCAAAGUACUUUUAUCUCAACGUCGACGAUGGAUCAACUCUACUAUUCAUAACCUAUUUGAAUUGGUGCUUGUUCGAAAUCUCUGUGGAACCUUCUGCUUCUCUAUGCAAUUUGUAGUGAUGAUGGACUUGCUGGGAACAUUGACAUUACCGGUGGCUAUUGUUUUGACGGCAGUGCUAGUAGUGAAUCUAGCACAAGUACAAAUUACUAGUUUUAUGGUGGCAGUUCCUUUGGUUCUUUUGAUUGUAGUCUUAUUCUCACCUGCUUUUUUGAUUCUGAUUACAACUCGAAAAUGGGUCUAUCUAGUAUGGAUGCUUGUUUAUCUCUGCGCUCUGCCUAUUUGGAAUUUUGUUCUACCGGUCUAUUCUUACUGGCAUUUUGAUGACUUUUCUUGGGGUGAAACGCGAAAGGUGACGGGUGAAGUGAAAGGUGCAGAUGAUCACGGCAAGAAAGAUGGUGUUUUUGAUCCGUCCAAGGUACCACUCAAACGAUGGGAAGACUACGAACGGAAACGAAUUAGAGCACAUAAACGACGAGAAAGGAAAUUACGGGAACUGGGUCCGACACAUCCAUCAACUCUUAGUGAUAUCCAUUCAAUGAAGAGCAAUAUUAGUAAUCAAAAUAUUUUAGAUCAAGAAACAAACAUUGGUAAUGAAACGUCGCCUAUGCAUUAUUUUGAUCCAUCGAAAGAAGCGCCUGGAAAAGCAGGUAGUGGUUAUUAUCCAUCUUAUCGACCUCAAGCACAAUCUACAUCAAAUCCUACAAUGAUAAGUCCUCCUCAACCUCCAGCUAAAAUAUCAGCAAUCAAUGAUAUUAAUUCACCACAAACUCCUCGACCUCCACAAGCCCCUUCAUCUCAACAAGGAGCAUAUCAUCCUACUCAACAUUAUCAGCCUCAAUAUCGACCUCCUCCUCCACCUAGGAAUCAAUCAUAUCCACAACAAUAUCAUCAUCAGCAGCAACAACAACAACAACAACAACAACAACAGCAACAACAACAACGACCUCCUAUGAUGACCAUGCCAAGAUCUCAACAACCAAUGUACUCAAGGCCUUCUCCUUCGAUGAUGAAUGGUGGUGGUGGACUUUACAAGCGGCAAUGAAAGGAUCAUAUCAGAUUUAGUUGUAUUUAUCCAUUGUAUUUAUUAUAUAUGCAUUCAAAUUAGGCAUUAGUUAGUUAGUUCAUCUUUUUUUUUUUUUUUUUU